AUGCCGUAAGCCAUUGGCAAAUUCGAGUCGUUCUUCCACUGCCAAAAAAACUCGUGGCCCACAGUGGAGUGCGGCCGCGCCGGCACAUCAAGCAGCCCCUAUUCAGGGGUCAGGGCACUGCUUCCUUCGGGGGGGGCCUGGAAAAGCUAGCCUAAAAAUUGUUGGUGAACCACGUCGUCUGCUGGCGCACCGUGGUCGCAGACGCAAAACUCACGGUCGAAACAAUCAAACUCGAAACAACAACAACAACAACCAUACUCAUUCUCCUCAUCCUACCUCUUCUACCUCUACCUCCGUCUAUUCUUCUGCCUAUUCUUCUCCUUCGUCAUCUUCUUCUCCACCUCCUUCCCAUCGCCCAACUCGUUUUCCCCAGACUGACAGGGUGAGCCCGCUCACUCUGGCAGCCUGGAAUGUUCGUUCCCUUUUAGACAAUCCGAGGAGCAACCGACCGGAACGAAGGACGGCGUAGUGGCACGAGAACUGGCGCGCUACAAGGUGGACAUCGCCGCACUCAGCGAGACCCGAUUCUCCGAACAAGGCCAACCGGAGGAGGUGGGUGCCGGUUACACCUUCUUCUGGAGUGGCCGACCCAGGGCAGAGCGACGAGACGCGGGCGUCGCCUUCGCCAUCCGGACCGACAUCGUGGGACGACUGCCCUGUUUGCCGCAGGGCAUCAACGAUCGCCUGAUGAGCCUCCGCCUGCCUCUCUGGGGAGGCAAAUUCGCCACCAUCAUCAGCGCCUACGCUCCGACGAUGACCAACCCCGACGCCGUCAGAGACAAAUUCUACGAGGACCUGCACGCCCUCUUGGCGGCUGUGUCGAAGGCGGACAAGUUGAUUGUCCUUGGUGACUUCAACGCCCGCGUCGGCACAGACCAUACUGCCUGGAGGGGAGUGCUGGGUCCCCACGGUCUCCGCGGCUCCAACGACAACGGCCUGCUUCUCCUCCGCACCUGCGCAGAACACCGCCUCACCCUGACGAAUACCUUCUUCUGUCUGCCGGUGCGAGAGAAGGCCACCUGGAGGCAUCCUCGGUCGCGUCAGUGGCACCUGCUGGACUAUGUCCUCGUCCGGAGGCGAGAUCAGCGGGACGUGCUGGUGACGAAGGCGAUCGCGGGUGCUGACGGGUGGACCGACCAUCGGCUCGUCAUCUCGAAGAUGCGUAUUCGCCUACAGCCUCGCAGGAGACCACAAGGUAAGCGACCCCCAGGUAAGCUGAACGUUGCUUUGUUGUCUUUGCCUGCUCACCGUCUCCAUUUCAGCAAUGAGCUAGCUCAACGGCUAGACAACCUUCCUAUCGCUGCCGCCGCCGACGACGCCGCCGACGCUGCCGAGAACGCCUCCGUGGAGAACCGCUGGUGUCAACUGCGUGACACAGUCCAGUCGACGGCGCUCGCCGUCCUCGGUCGCGCUCCCCGCCAACACCAGGACUGGUUCGACGACAACUACGCCGCCAUCAGAAAUCUGCUUGCCGAGAAGAACCGCCUACACAAAGCCUACGUAGAGCACCCAACUGAGGGCAAUAAAGCUGCCUUCUACCGCAGUCGCCGACAGCUUCAGCAACGACUGCGCGAGAUGCAGGACGCCUGGACUGCUCGCAAAGCUGAGGAGAUCCAAGGGUACGCGGACCGCAACGAAUGGAAGAAAUUCUUCUCCGCGAUCAAAGCUGUCUACGGUCCGCCGACGAAGGGCACUGCUCCUCUCCUCAGCGCCGACGGCAGCACUCUCCUGACUGAGAAGACGCAAAUCCUGCAGCGAUGGGCCGAGCACUUCCGAGGCGUCCUCAACCGCCCUUCCGUCUCCGAACCUGGUGGAUACUUCUAUUUUGACAUGCACUGGUACCCAGCUCUCAUUUGUGGCGCAACAAUGUCGUGCUCAGCAUGA